AUGGCUUCUCAAAAAAUUAAUUUCAUAAUUAUUGCUUUAUUUAGCAUUUUUGCUAUAAUUGCCUCAGAAAAUAAAAAAGAGAAUUGUCAAAAAUGCGCAAAGGAUGUUUGUGACAUUCCUUGUAAAACAAGCAAAAGUGCCUGUGAUAAUUGUAAGAUAAAAGAUUUACCUAAAAGGUGUGGAGGUUGCUUCCCAGCUGUUAAAGAGACUUGUGAACAAUGCAAACACAGAAUCUGUGAUUAUCCUUGUAGUGUAGGUGAUUCUGCAUGUAAAAAUUGUUACAGAAUUGACAUUCCAAAAUUAUGUACAACUUGCCCUGCAGUUAAAGAAUCUUGUGAAGAAUGUAAAAAUCGAAUUUGUGAUUAUCCAUGCAAAUCAAGUAAAUCAGCUUGUAAUAAUUGCCAGAAAAUUGAUGUUCCUAAACAAUGCGAAUCUUGCCCAUCUUACAACAGUACUUGUUCUGACUGCAAAAAGCGAGUAUGUGGUCACCCAUGCUCAAUUAAUAAUGAUCAAGCUUGUAAUAAUUGUAUCGAACUUGAUCUUCCCAAACUAUGCGGAAAUUGUUUCCCUGUUGGUUUUGAGACUUUCUUGUAUUGCAUAACACGUGUUUGUACACCUCCAUGUCUGGCAAGCGAUGAUGCUUGUGAUAAUUGUAUCCGAAUUGACCUUCCAAAGCUUUGUAAAUUUAGCCCUCUUGAAAUAUGA